AUGAUACAAAAUUUUUCACCAGGCCUGCUUACCACUCUUUUUUUGGAGACUUUCUUUUCUUCUCUAACAACGUCAACUUAUAAACAAGCAACAAUGUCUGCCCCAAUCAACAAGGAAAAAGUCGAACAAGAAGCUGAACAACAAAUUCACAAAAUCAGAAUCACUUUAACUUCCACCAAAGUUAAGCAAUUGGAAAACGUUUCUGCCAACAUCAUCAGAAAUGCUGCCCAAUACAACAUUGUCAAGAAGGGUCCAGUUAGAAUGCCAACCAAGGUUUUGAAAAUCACCACCAGAAAGACUCCAAAUGGUGAAGGUUCUAAGACUUGGGAUGCUUACGAAAUGAGAAUCCACAAAAGAGUUAUUGACUUACAAGCUCCAGCUUCUACUGUCAAGAGAAUCACCCAAAUAACUAUCGAACCAGGUGUAGAUGUCGAAGUCACCAUUGCUGCUUAA